ACUUUUGAUGAAACAAUUCAAAACCUAAUUUUGUUUAUUCGUUUAACGUAUUUGAGCAAUAGAUUAGAGCGUCCUACUUCCAUUUGCAUUCUAUUGUUUUCUACGUCGUGUAUUCCUACGAGACCUCUUAAAUUCCUUGACUGGUACACUGCUCGUCACUGGUGAAUCAUGAAAUGCAUUGUUCCUGGUUGUAAAACGGACUUCCACAAACGAUCGGCGUGUUCCAAGCAUAGGUUACCGUCGGAUGCAACACGACGUGCAGCAUGGAUCAAAGCCAUACUGGAUGCACACCCGGGAACUGAAGCCAAUUUCAUGUUGGCCAACACUGAACACGUUCGGGUCUGCUCACUACAUUUCACUCCCCGAUGUUUCUCCGUGUCAAAAAAUCAUCCAAGACUGAAGAUCGAGGCUAUUCCGACAAUAUUCCGUUCCAUGACGCCUGCCGAUCCGAUUGUAAACCGAGACCGUGCAAGAGUGAUUCCCACCAGUGUUAAACGUGCACCAAUUGCUAAAAGGUACCAACUCUGUGCUGUUCUUGGAUGCGAACAAAACAUCGCCGAUUUCAUGGGUAUCUCAACACAUGGAUUCCCGUUGGAAGUGCAAGAGUGCAAGGAGUGGAUUAGUUUCUCCAAGAAUCGGCAUGCGGCUGAACAGUUUGCUUUGCAUGGAUCGGCAGGAAUGCGCAGGUGGCGGAUGUGUUCUCGUCAUUUUGAACCGUCGCUUUUUAAAUACGUUCUUAAUCAACCGCGCACUUUGAAGCCAGGUUCGCUUCCGACCCUUUACCCUGCUAAUCCCACGAAGGUAACAAAGCGUGUCAAAUCUGUGGUUGGGCCUGUACGUGACCGAGAUAUCCCAAGUGAUCAAGCGGAAAGUUCAGAUGAGGCAACUAGGCAACUGUCAAAGAGGCCAUCGUCACCAACAUCAGAAUCGCCAUCGUCAUCCGACAACCAUUCGGCGUGUAACUGCCCUUGCUGUCAGAAUCGACGUACGGAGUUUCACGACAAAGGUGAUCAAACGGAAGACUCUGGACCGCUUCCGGACCCGUUUCCACUUCCGUUGAGAUAUCAAGAUUCAUGUCGUUUGUGUUUUAUCAAACGAGACCUACAGCCGCUCUUCUCCGGAUUGAUGGUGGUGCGUGAAGAAAUGCUGCAGCGGAUCUACGCGUGCACAGGAAUUUUAAUCAUACCAAAACGGAAAGAAUCCAUGUUUAUCUGUGUCGAGUGUGGAGAUAUGAUCAACGCGUUUUACUCGUUCAGGCAACAAACUCGCAGUAAUAAUCAGGCACUGAUUCUGCGGAUCGAACGUGAUUUAGCGAAUGCGAACGUCUUGCGCGAGAAGAAAAAGCGAAAGAUUGUCAAGCCUUCACCUCAUCCUGCUAUGAGGAAUGUCAAACAACAGGCACCCCAACCAACACAACGCAUUGAAUUGAUAGCCAAAAAUAUACUUACUAGUCCAGUCGUAACGUUAGAACCGAAUCCACUCGAGCUGCCGGAAGAAAUCAAGGAAGAACCGAUGGAUUCAUUGGAGUUGAUAGACAAAACUGAAUCUUGCCACUUUUCAGAAACACUGAAGCUUGAAGUGUCAGUGGAUAAGGUAGAAUAUCAACCUGAAUGGGACAUUAGAAAAGAUCCACCGGAAGCUGAUGACGGCAAGGACAGUUGGAACUGCUGGCAUUGUCAUCAAAUGUACCGGUUUAAAUUUGAAUGUGCCAAACAUCUGCUACAGGAACACAGGGAGGAAGUCGGAACAAUUCGAAGACGGUUGCAGCUUGAUGAACUAAAUUACAACAUGCUGGAAAUGAUGAGUGAGCGUUUGUCCAAGGUAUAACUCAAUAAAGAUUGCGGUACACACAAACAUACAUUGCGUUUCAUUACA